CCAACCGGGGAGGAGGGGAAGUACAGAACGAAUGGAUUGAGGGUUUGAGAUCGAACGAAAGACUCUCUCUUCGAGCAAAGCAUUGCAGUCAUCCAUGGCGAUCAACUCCAUGGUCUUCGCCAUCUCCCGCCCUCCACUACUCCCCUUCCCCUCCUCCCCAGCACGUUUCAAGAGGGCUGUAAGAGUGCCCUUCAGGUGCUCCACUGAGCCUUCCCCGCAAGUAGAUUCAGCCUCUGCUCGUGAGACUUCUUUGGAUGCUAAGGCCCCCGAAAAGGCUUCUCUUUUAGGGAAUUCUGCAGCUAUUUUGCGUGCGGGUCUCGGAGGUCUAGGGCUUCUUGAGACUGGGUAUCUUACGUACUUGAAGCUCACUAAUUCUGAGGCUUUUUGCCCUGUUGGAGGAGGGAGCUGUAGUGAUGUUCUUAACAGUGAUUAUUCCUCCAUUUUCGGAAUCCCUCUUCCUUUAGUUGGCAUGGUUGCCUAUGGUUUGGUUACAUUGCUCUCUCUGCAUCAGAUUAGAAAAGAUUUGCUUUCUGGACUGGGUGAAGCUGAUGCUCGCCUUCUGUUACUUGGAACAUCAACAUCAAUGGCAGCAGCAAGUGGUUAUUUUCUGUAUAUUUUAAGCACAAAGCUGGCUGGAACUUCCUGCUCAUACUGUAUCCUUUCUGCCAUUCUGUCUUUUGGCAUAUCCUUCAUCACUUUAAAGGAUAUAGGCAUGAAAGAAGUACGAAAGGUACUUGGACUGCAAUUAGCUGUUGCAGGUGCUGUUAUUGCUGCUUUAAGUUAUUCAUACACAACUGCUGCACCUCAAUUUCUAGGCUCAAAUGAGGUUGAACUGGAACCAUUUAAAACAGAAAUAACAAGUAAAUCAACUCCAUGGGCUAUUUCUCUUGCAGAGCACCUGCACUCAAUUGGUGCUAAGAUGUAUGGAGCUUUUUGGUGUACUCAUUGUCAAGAGCAGAAACAGAUGUUUGGAAAGGAAGCUGCCAAAAUAAUAGACUAUGUCGAAUGCUAUCCAGAUGGAAUUGGAAAAGGCAGAAAAAUUGCUUUCGAAUGUAUAUUGGCUGGAGUCGAAGGCUUCCCCACAUGGAUUAUUAAUGACCAGCAUAUAGAUGGAGAGCGAGAAUUGAAGGAUCUUGCAGAGGUAUCAGGAUUUGUUCUUGCAGAUUCUCAACGGUCGUAGGGAAUGUACUAAAGCAGCCAGUGAGCUGGAGCAAGACAGAUCACAAAUAGAGCAGAUUAAGUGAGUCGAUUAUCAACAUUGCUAGCUAAUUUAUGUAGCAUUCCACUUAAAAUACAUCACAUUGCAGUGGCAUCAUGAUCAAGAAUUGGACCACAGGGAUACGAGAAAGAUCGGCUAAUGGGAGGUUACAUCUCUAGUUUGUACAAGGGAAUUUAAAAGAGGAUGAGAGAUUUGGUAGUGUUGUUUGUAAUAAGAAGCACAUGGCUUUGAAUUUUGCUUCAAUCUUUAUUGUAGGUAGUAGUGAUACACAAUGAUCCUCAAUUGUCAAACUUGAAUGGUAGCCAGCAUCCAGCUUGAGGGUGAAGACAAUUUUUUAUGUAUUUAUUUAUUAUUAUU